ACCGACCUGGUCUUAGGUUGAGAAUCGGGUUGUGCCAUCCGCGGCUUUCUCUCCGCGCAUGAAGGAGCCUGAAACCUCCGAAGCUGCCACUCGUCUUCUUCUUGAAGUGGCGUUGGUUCUUUUGGGCCGAUAUGACACAGGCUCAGGAGGGCCUUGUGGGCCCUGCGGACGCUGAGCCGAGCUGGGAGGAGGUCCAAGGAUUGUUCCGCAGCAUGGGCUGCGGGAGGCUGUUGCAGCGCCUGGACCACCUGCGAGGCUUCCUGGAGGACCACCGAAGUCUGCUGUGGGAGCGCCGGGGCCAGGAGCGCAAAGUGGUGAAGUACCGCCAGGAGGUGCUGAAGUACAAGGAGCAGCUGGAUGAGAAACUCCACGCCGAGUCCCAGGCCGUGGAGGCGGAGCAGCGCAGACUGGACGCGGAGCGUCAGCAGCUGGAAGCCGACCGCCAGGACCUGUCGAGGCUGAGAGGCAGCCUGAAGAAGAGGCAGCAAGAGCAGGACGAGCAGGCAACAAAGCAGCGGAAGACCCAGGAAGACUUAAGUAAGGCUUUUGAGACGCUGGCCCAAAAGCAGAUGGAGCUGCGGGAGCUGAGCGACCAGAACCAGCAGCUCAGAGCACGUCUCGACCACUUGGAGCUGGGCUCGGACGAGGAGCCCGCGGCUGAAGAACGACUUCCGCCUCCACGGGUAGAAGCCGCUGGCCCGCGAACCGUGACGGCCCACGGCCGUGCGGAGGAGCCCUACGUUGACGUUGACUGGGACGAGCCAGAUCUGGGCAGCUUUCUGAUGAACCCUUCGGCCAAUGAGUUUGUGCCGGGGCCGAUGUCCAUGGGCUGGGCAGGAGGUGCGCGAGGCUCCAUCGCUUAGGGCCUCAGGCUGAGCCGGGCCUUGAGCGGACAGCCGCUGGAGCGAG